AUGGCUCCGUUUUCUUUCCUGUCUCGCUUCGGAGCUCGCAAGGCCUCUGACCCAGAGGGUCACGCCUCCCUCCUUAAGGACGCCCAAAAAGCGUCCUCAGGCCCCGGAGGUAUUGCCAACAAGCAGCAAUCGAACCCGCUGCCACCCCUAUCCAAAGCCGAAUCCGACAAACUGUCGGAUGCAAAGCCGAGGCCAGCCACACCAACCAUCCUGCCUUUGCUCUUUGUGCUCACUUCUUCGUCGGUCUCAAGCCUGGAUCUUGGCUUGCCUCUUUGCCCGGCACCCAAAACCGUCAGUUCGCCACGGAUCUCUGUGGCUGAAGGUGUCUGGGUUGGACACCCUGCUCGCGAGAGCAAGAUGACACCUUCUGACGAGAACGGUGUCGAGGUGAAGGAGGCAGGUCUCCAUCUGGAGGUUAUGGGACCCGGAGAAGUGGCCACGGGGGGCAGAGACGGGAUGGUUGGUGAGCUGGUGAUGAACGCCAAGAAGGCGUUUCAGGAUGUGAACUUGCGCAAGGCCAGCGAUCCCAAUCUGCGCCGACGCUACGAGAACGUCGACCCCCCCAAGCGCGGGGAAUCCAACAAGAGUACCGACCUGGACUCAUUCCUGGAGCGCCUCCGCCUCGGCGACAAACCUGGCAAAGACGCCAGAUCGCACGAAGCAUACACCGCUCUUGGAUCCGACGAUGGCGAGGACGACAAUGACCGCCAUUUGGCCCCUUCUGACCCCGAGGACGAACUCACCACAGCUCUUGACCGGGAGGACUACAAGAUAGCCCUUGAUGUCGAGUACAAGAAAGCUCGCGCCAUGCUGGUUGACAACGAUGACGAAGAACAGCGCGCCAAGAUGGCAUUCCGCAAGGCGUACUACAAGAAGAAUGCACUCGCUCACCGAAAGAAAGCUGCUCUGGUUGGCGAAGACGGCCGUGCCAAUGUUCCCUUUGGAGCGACCAGCAGCAAGACAAAGCCACUUUCCCAGCAAGAAAAUGCCGCCGAAUACGUGGACAUGGAUGAUGACUGGAAGCCCUAUGUUCCGGAGAAGGACGAUGACGAGUGGGAAUUUCAGUAUUACAUGUCCCUGAAACCCGUCGAGCCAUGGUCGCCAAUUGACGAGUACUGA